CCCCUCCGGGACAGUCAGGCUAAGAAAUUCAAAUGUUUGGGACAGCCUGACCCUCAGGCUGAAAGAAUCCACGAGAAGCAAUUUACCUUGGCGCGGGCCUGCUGUGGAGCAGAGGACACUAAGAUGGAUCCCUUACCCCCCACACUGACUGGACAUUCUCCACGGAAUGAGGCAGACACACAUCAAACCCGUGAUCUAAAGCACCUACGAGCCAAGCGUGUGGCUUACUAUAAAAGCAUUGGACUCAUCAAGGCUGAUUCUUCCAAAGUUGACAGCCAACCAGUGUCCACAGCUUCCCGAAACACCAAAGGGAAACCUUCAGAAAAUCAGACCUUCAAGCUGAGAGGCCUGCAGAAAUCACCUCGCUAUUCAGCAAGUGGAAAGGAAACUUUGCUCCUUGAAGAGUCCCAAGUGGUUCCCGGAGAAGCAGAGCAGGACCUGGGCCAGAGGGCCAGUGAGGGGUACAGGAGAAGGAGCUGCCCAGAGGAAUUGGAUCUCCAGAUGUUGGCUGAUUCCUCAGUCCCCGAGACUCAGAAACUGCAGCAUGUUAUAAAUUGGGCCCAGAAGUUCUUAUCCAACUCUCAGGAAGAGCAGGGGUUGAAGAGUCCCAAAACUUCUUUGGGUCUCCUUCACUCUAACCUUUGCCAAACUGUAAAAGCUGUAGGAAAUCAGAAAGAUGUCCAUCUGAGGUCAUCUGAUUCUCCAUCCUUACUCAGAGGAAGCCAGGCCAGUCCACAAAUAAACCUUCAGAGCUUCUCAUUAAGCCCCUCAAAGAACUUGUCAGAAAUGGGCUUGUCUCCAGAAUUUUCAGGUUCCUUUCUGAAGGCGGAUUUUCCUGGCAAUCAAUCUCGUGGGUGUCAAGAAACUACAGUUAAGAAUGAGAGGGAAGGAAGAGCUACUGUGUCCCCUGCUGAUAGUUCUAAGCAGGCAGAGUCUGCUCAACAAAAGUGUGAUCGAGCAGGAAAUAGACGGAUUCAGAACCCAAAUGAGGAAGACACGUUUCCCGAGAGGCUGAGGAUUCAGACACAGCUCAGAGACACUUCUGAAGAAAGGAAGGUUUUAGAAGAAACUGGACAGAGCCCACCCAGAAAUAGUUACUUCUGGGCACCACUGAGUGACAGCUCAGAGGAAGAAUGUUUUGAUGAAUCUGGGGAUAGUAAGGGGACUUUUAGAAGGGGAGUGCAAGGUAGAAAGUGUGAAGAGUUUGUAGGAAUUGCAUUCUCUUCCACAAGUGUUAACACAAGAGUGUCACAAGCCACAAUGCUAGAAAGUGGUGACUUCUCCCCUGGGGACACACCCCUGGAGGCUGCCAUGAGGGGAAAUUUCAGAGAAGCAGUGUCUAUAGGGACACCCAAGGGUGUUCUAGAGGAGUUCAAGAUAGAUAGCUCCAGAGGCCACCACCAUGUUGCAGUCCCCAUUCAGAGAUUGCCCAGGGUUCAACUUUUGUCCCCCUGUGACAGCUCUAAAGGAAGGGGAAAGGAAUCAGACAAUAUAAGGUCCACUUUGGGGUCCCCCCACUCUGAUAUUAACAGUAGAAAUGAAUGGAAAUAUGGCACUGUGGAGAGAGAAGGGGAGUCUAUUUUGAGAGUACCAAGAGGCAGCCAGAACAACCACAUGCAGAGAUCGAUUAAAGGUAGCUCUCCUGGCAUAACUCAGAGGCUGUUGGAUCUAACACAGCCUGAAAGUUGCCCAGCCCCUCAAAUUGCCAGCGUCUUCCUGAAUUUGUCAGAGGACCCUCUGGAGAACAUUUCAGUUUGCAAAUGUUCAGAGUCUGGUGUCUCCCUUGAACCCACUGCAGAUUCACACAGCACUUGGUUCAGCCAGUUGCCACCACCUUGGGCAGACAGCCCAUCGGUACAGCCACCCCGAGUGGUCACCAAGGACAUGACUCAAGAGCAAAAGGAAAAGAUGGCGCCUUCAAGUCACCCUAUUUCCAAAGGCAUUUCCAAAAAUGGUCUGAAGAGCUCCUUCUUGCUCCAGGAUGUUGGUGAUGGUCCUUCCUGGAGUGUAUUGGAGACUUAUUUCUAUUAUUUGCAUAUGCUGAACAAGAUCAGGGGUCACUCUUCAGAAGAGGAAAACUUCUCUUUGCCUGUCUGGAGAUCUGGGCUCUCUGAAUCAGGGUUGAAGAUAACUCCUCUAGAAGGGAAAGACAGGUUCAAAGGAGCCAGCCUGGAGAGGGACACCAAGGAAUGGAAAGAUGGGAGGGAAAACAAUGUAGAUGUGGAGCAGGAGGGAAACAGCCAUCCCCAAGGACAAGGCUGUGCAGAAGAGGCAGCUCUGCAAGACACCAGCUUUUGGAAACCUCAAAGCAACUAUGGGAAGUUAUAUUCUGCUAUACCCAGAAUUACCGGCUAUGGGGGAUGCUGGGAAAUGUCUGAUGCUGUGUGCUCAUCUCAUGUAUGCGGAGAUAUGAAGCUAAGCUAAACCAACUUGAAAGGUGAAAUCACUGCCCUCCCC